UGCUGCAACACGACCUGCCGCGAUUUCCUGCUUCGGGUUUCCCUUUAAAAGGGGGCAUGGCUCGUUGCUGGGAAUUCACGUCAUUUCGCCGUUUACACACACAUCCAGAUCAAUGAGCGCGGGAGAGGGAGCUGUGGUGCGCUUCCAGGAAGGGAUUAUUAUUAACGCGCGCACGGCAGAGCUGCUGCGACGGGAAACGCACAGAGACAAAAGAAGUUUCCUAAUCGAUAGCUCCGCCAUGGAGACAGCCAGUACAUUGAAAAUACACGGGAUUGCAAAGGAAUAAACUUCUCUGUCCGUAACAAGUCGACAGUCGUUAGUGCCAUCGUCGAAGGGCUUGUUUUGGUCAAGAAAAACAGGGAUAGAAAGACGAGGAGGACCGCGGAAAAGUGAGGAAGGAGACGCGGUGAAGUUGACGGAAGAUAAUGUCUGAAUCCUCCCCCGUUGUGGCCAAGCAGGAGAGGAGCUCUUUCAGUCCUUCCGCAAACCCGCUGCCAAACUCCACUUCCUCCCCCGUCCAUGCUCCCGCCUCGAGGCCAGCCAGCCGAAUGGAGGACGAGCCCAACAGGCUGCCGGCACACCUGCGUCUGCAGCCGGUAUACUGGAGCAGAGAGGACGUGGCCCAGUGGCUGCGAUGGGCUGAGAAAGAGUUUGCACUGAGACCCAUCACCAGCAGCUCCUUCCAGAUGAAUGGCAAAGCUCUGCUGCUGCUCACCAAAGAGGACUUCCGCUAUAGAUCGCCACACUCUGGUGAUGUCCUCUAUGAACUGCUGCAGCACAUCCUGAAGCAGAGGAAGCCCCAUGCAUUCUUCCCUUCGGCCUACUUUCCUGGGAACUCCUUUCACCUGCAGCCAGACAGUGUUGCAGUGCCACACAUGAAGCUGGAUGACACGGUACGGAGGACAUCCAGAGGACCAGAGCCCAUUCCCCAGCACACACCGACCAUCGAGCUGCGACACCGGUCCCGCUCUCCUCAUCACACUGCACCCAGACAGUCCUCUCCGGAGCAGAUCCCCCGUCCCACUAAUGAGGACCACUUGCAGUCCUUCUCCCAGCUGCCGGACAGCAACCAUCACCUACCUGAAGACGUAUAUCCACUGUCUGUGUCCCCUGCCGCCCCCAAUGGCCGCUGUGCCACCCCCAAAGAGGCCCCCUGCCCUGGGAGCCCAGGCCCUCAGGAGGCUGGUCCUCCACGGGUCAUCCAGCUCAUGCCCAGUGCCAUAAUGAACCCUCUGCUGCUCAGCCCCAACAGGAGCUCAGCGGGGAUGGACUUCAGACAUGGGCGCUCGGGACCCCCCUCUCAGGGUAAAAUGGAGAAUGGCCGGGACAGUAAAGCCCAUGGCCUGCUCCACCCACUCGCCCCGCAGCAGCAACCGCACCUCAUAAAACAGGAGGACGUACUGUACAGAAACAUCAUCAUGCCUGUUUCACCACCAGAGGAGCAGCAGAUGCCCAUAGGUCGGAUAGCAGACUGCAGGCUGCUCUGGGACUACGUCUACCAGCUCCUGUCUGAUAGCCGGUACGAGAACUACAUCCGCUGGGAGGAUCCUGAGAGCAAAGUCUUCCGCAUCAUGGACCCCAAUGGCCUGGCCAGGCUCUGGGGCAAUCACAAAAACAGGACAAAUAUGACGUACGAAAAGAUGUCAAGAGCACUGAGACACUACUACAAACUCAAUAUUAUCAGGAAAGAACCUGGGCAGAGACUUCUGUUCAGGUUUAUGAAGACCCCAGAUGAGAUUAUGAAUGGUCAGGCUGAGCGCUUGGAGCAUCUUGAGUCUGACAUGGAUGAAACGGUUUACAUCAAAGAGGAGUGUGAAACAACUGUUGGACAUAACAUGAACUAAUCUAGGUCUGGUUUUGGUCCCUUUGGGUCUAGCCUCAAUGCCUUCAAAAGCAGCAUGGACAAUCGCAAAACGGAGCCUCCAUCUUGCCUCUUUAAGGUGGCCUUGGAGUGAUGGGAUAGGGGUACCACACCUCAUCCCAAAAACACAUUCAUUUAUACAAUACUUUUCAAUGGGCGCAGCUUAAGACAUUAAACAUAUUUUUUUCUCCUGAAAUAAACUGCAGAUUCAAUCAGCUAGUGCUUAUUUCACUGUCAUGAUUUUGUGUUCACAUGUGAAUUAUAAAAUUGAUUUCUGUUCAUAAAA